CUGAAUUGAAACUAUAACUUCACAAUGACCUGUGGGGUAUUUUUAUUCCAUACCAGACAAUGGUGGUAGUAAGUGUUAAUAUUUCUUUUUGGAGUGUUUUGGUAUGUAAUAUGCAUUGCUUGUAUUGGGAAAUCCUUGAUUUAUGAGGUAGAAAUCACAAGACCAACGUGGUGGGAACAUUGAACAUGCUGGGACUGGCAAAGAGGGUGGGUGCCCGGUUCUUGAUAACGAGCACUAGUGAGGUGUACGGUGAUCCUCUACAACAUCCACAGGUCGAGACCUAUUGGGGCAACGUCAACCCAAUCGGUGUUCGGAGUUGUUAUGACGAAGGAAAGCGUACAGCUGAGACCUUGACGAUGGACUACCACAGAGGACUUAAAGUCGAGGUGAGAAUUGCUAGGAUUUUUAACACGUAUGGACCACGUAUGUGCAUCGAUGAUGGGCGUGUCGUUAGCAAUUUCGUUGCUCAGGCCUUACGGAAGGAGCCAUUGACUGUUUAUGGAGAUGGGAAGCAAACUAGGAGUUUCCAAUACGUUUCUGACUUGGUGGAGGGUUUGAUGCGGUUGAUGGAAGGGGAGCAUGUGGGUCCUUUCAAUCUUGGCAACCCUGGUGAAUUCACCAUGCUUGAACUUGCUCAGGUUGUACAAGAGACAAUCGACCCCAACGCGAAGAUAGAGUUCAGGCCAAACACAGAAGAUGAUCCCCACAAGCGAAAGCCAGACAUUUCAAAGGCUAAGAAACUUCUUGGGUGGGAGCCGACUGUGUCCCUUCGCAAGGGACUUCCUCACAUGGUUUCUGACUUCCGCCAUCGCAUAUUUGGUGAUGAAAAGGGUGUUCAAGGCUCCAACCGGCCAUCAGCAUAGGUUUCACAUAAUUAAGCUACGUGGAGGAAGAUAUAAGUUACAAAGAAUAAAUGAAGACUAGAGAGAAAUCACUUACUUUAGCAAUAAUAUCCCUCCAAAAUAGAAAAACUAUGUGAGAACAUUUCUUUAGUGGAAACCAUUAUGUUUUGCUUUUGUGUAUUUUCACUUUAUUUUCAUUAUAUUUUGAUUAUGACAUCGACACUGGCGUGUGAUCUGUCAGUGGUUGGUUACCUGCAAGCGACGAUUACCCAUUGCAAAAUCGUAGUCUGGCUACUUUUAAUGGUGAACAGCAACCAUUGGGAACACUUGAUGUUUGAUAUGAGCUACUAAAUUUCCUCUUAUAUCA